AUGUUUAAAAGCAACCAAACAGUCGUCACUGAAUUCUUACUUCUCGGAUUUCCAGGUCUUAAAGGAUUCAAACCUGUAUUUUUUCUUCUAAUGCUGACAACUUACAUGAUCACUUUAACAAUCAAUCUAUUCAUAAUCAUUUUAGUUUCAACCACAGCGAAGCUCAAUUUUCCAAUGUACUUUUUCCUCAAGCACUUGUCGCUAACCAAAAUGGCUUUUCUGACCACAGUUGUCCCCAAAAUGCUACAUAUCAUCCUCAAAGAUGAAGGAAGAUUAUCGCUGUAUGUUUGUAUUACUCAGCUUUAUUGUGUUUGUAUAUGCAGCUAUUUGCAAUGUUUUCUGAUCGCCAUCAUGUCCUAUGAUCGGUAUUUGGCUAUCUGCAAUCCAUUACGAUAUACCUCACUUAUGAAUUCUCAUGUUUGCUUCCAGGUGAUCAUUGGGUUAUGUUUCUUUGUUACUAUUUUAGUAUCAAGUGAAAUGAUUGUGAUAUACAGGUAUGAUUACUGUGGAUUGAAUUCUAUAGACCACUUUUACUGUGAUUUUUACCCACUGAUUGAAUUGUCCUCCUCAGAUACUUCUGGUUUGAAGCUACAAGAUUUUAUUAUCUCAAUAAUCACAAUAUGUUUACCAUUUGCUUUUAUUAUAAUGACUUACAUCUUCAUCAUAAUCCCUAUUCUGAAAAUAUCUUCUGUUCAUGGGCGUAGAAAAGCCUUCUCCACUUGCAGUUCCCAUGUAACCUUGGUUGGGGCUUUCUAUGGUACAUUUAUUAUCGUCUACAUGACACCACCUGAUGAAGCCUCAAGCCACUUGAAUAAAUACAGAUCAUUGUUGUAUCUUGCGGUUUCUCCGCUGAUAAAUCCAAUCAUUUACAGCUUAAGAAACCAUGAGAUCAAGGCAGCUCUGCAGAAAACCUUAGCCGAUUUUAGGAAUUUGUGUCCAAAAGUAAAGAAACUAUGUGUUUUGCCACUAUUAUAG